AUGGCGUCGCAUCCUAUGUCGCUGCGAGACCGUCAGGUCGCCUCUAUCCAGAAGAUCCUCAACCUGAAUCACGAUACGAGUUCCGCGGAGGACGGCUCCCAUGAUCCCGCCGGUCAGGGUCUCAUCUCACACUCGACCCCGAUCUUGAACGAGGAUGGAGAUCCGAUCUGGAAGGUGUUGGUGUUCGAUAACAUGGGCCGGGACGUCAUCAGCAGCGUGCUUCGUGUCAAUGAUCUGAGGUCGUGGGGGGUGACGAUCCAUCUCAACAUCAAUUCCACUCGAUACCCAAUCCCCGACGUCCCCGUUGUCUACCUCCUCGAACCUACUCCGGCCAACAUCCAGGCGAUUACAAGAGAUCUGUCCCACGGACUGUACACCCCCGCUUACGUGAACUUCCUAUCCUCCGUGCCUCGGCCCCUUCUAGAAGACUUCGCCUCGGAGAUCGUAACAUCUGGUGCGUCGGAGCAUAUUGCACAGGUGUUUGAUCAAUACUUGAACUUCAUCGUCGCCGAGCCCGACCUAUUCAGUCUUGGUCUGGGCAAGGAUGCCUAUUGGAAGAUCAACAGCGCGCAAACAAGCGAUGAGGACCUAGAUAACAUUGUGGACAAGAUCGUCAGUGGCUUGUUCAGUGUCAGCGUCACUAUGGGCGCAAUCCCAAUCAUACGGUGUCCCAAAGGUGGUGCUGCGGAACUAAUCGCAACCAAACUCGACCGGAAACUACGAGAUCACAUUCUGAAUUCCAAGGAUAACCUGUUCUCCAACAAGAAGUCCUCACCUGGCGUCCCUUCCUCUCGACCGGUUUUGAUCAUUGUCGACCGCAAUGUGGAUCUAGUCCCGAUGUUGUCGCACUCCUGGACAUACCAAUCCUUGGUUCAAGAUGUUCUUCAGAUGCGUCUGAACCGGAUCACGGUAGAAACCGCGGCGGACGAAUCGAACCCAGCACGCGGCGCCACGAAAAAAGCAUAUGAUCUCAACAGCAACGACUUCUUCUGGAAACGGAACGCCGGUGCUCCAUUCCCUCAGGUGGCGGAAGACAUCGAUGCCGAACUCACGCGGUACAAGGAAGAUGCAAACGAGAUUACCAAGAAGACCGGCGCUUCUUCGAUCGAGGAUUUGCAGAACGACACGAGCGCAUCGGCGCAGCACCUCAAGGCCGCCAUCACCCUUCUGCCGGAGCUGCGAGAGCGCAAGGCCAUUCUGGAUAUGCACAUGAACAUCGCCACGGCGCUCCUCAAGGGCAUCAAGGACCGCCAACUCGAUAACUUCUUCGAGCUGGAAGAGAACAUCACCAAGCAGACCAAGGCCCAGAUCUUGGAAUUGAUCAAUGACCCCGCCAAGGGCAACGAGCCGUCGGACAAGCUCCGGCUUUUCCUCAUCUGGUUCCUCAGCACCGAGACCGAGCUGUCCCGUGGUGACAUGAGCCAAUUUGAGGAAGCUCUCACACGCACGGGUGUCAAGGACGUCAGCUCCCUUGCCUACGUCAAACAGGUGCGAGAAAUCACCCGCAUGACGAUGAUGACCACGGCCGCCCCCCAACAACAAUCGUCAGACAUCUUCCGUGGCUUCUCAUCGCUCUCCAACCGACUCACCGACCGCAUCACCUCCGGUGCCUUAGGCGCCAACUUCGACUCGCUCAUCUCCGGCGUCAAGAACUUCCUCCCCGCCAACAAGGACCUGACCCUCACCAAGAUUACCGAAUCCAUCAUGGACCCCACCGCCGCCUCUAGUUCCGCGAUCGCCAAGACCGAAAACUACCUUUACUUCGACCCCCGCAGCGCCAACGCCCGUGGCGCCAUGCCUCCUGCCUCCGCGUCCCGCAACGCCCCGUCUUCCGGAUCGAUGGGCGGCGCAGGUCCCGGCACCGGCGCCAGCUUCGGACAACGUCGUCAAGCCUUCAACGAAGCCAUCGUCUUCACCGUCGGCGGCGGCAGCAUGGACGAAUACGGUAACCUACAGGGCUGGGUGGCUCAGGGCAGUGGACAACCGGGUGGCGACGGCGCAGCAGCCGGAAACCGGCCGGCCGGCCCAACCAGCGGCCCUAGGCGUAGAGUCGUUUACGGCAGUACGGACUUGAUGAACGCCAACGAGUUCUUGGAAGAGUCUUUGGCUAAGCUGGGAAAGGAAAGCUAA